AUGACGACCUUCGAGCCCUCCAUGAGCACCACGAUGCGCGCCUCCUCGCACGAUGCGCCGUCCAUGGCCGACCAACUACCCAGCAUCAACUUCGGAUUCGACGAUCUGCGCAGUCGCAUGAACCAGUUCACUACACGAUUUGAUGCUUUCAUCGAGAAUGGCCGCAGACGAGUACUGGAAGAGCGCAACCAGUUCCGCAUGAAUGUCGCAGAACUCCAUGAGGACCAACGCAUGAAGAAGCGCGACAUCGAAAUCCUCGAACUCAAGACAGCCCAGCACAGCCAGACAAUUUCCAAAGAAUCCCAAGAAACCUCCGAGAUGCAAGAAGCCAUCUCCGCCCUCACCCUCCAGCGCGACGAGCGCCUAGCCCACCGCGACAGCUUGCGCGCACAGAUCGCCGAAGUGCAAAAGACCAUCUCCGCACGCCGCGAAGCACAACUCAAACACCGCCGUUACCUCGAUGGGCAAAGUCGGUACAACGAGCCAGAACUCGACUUCUGGGAGAACUAUCUGGGCUUGAGGAUUGAGGGGCUGGGGAAGGACGACAGGCUGAAGUUCGUUUAUACCAACGUUGAUGAGAGGGAGUGGGACCGUGAGGCGUGGUUUGAGCUGGAUACUAGCGAACGCGACUACAGGGUGCUAGAGAUGCGGCCCAAGGUCGAGCGCGAAGAGGUCGAGACGGUUGUGGACAGGCUGAAUGAAACGCGCGACUUGGCAAGCUUCCUGAAGGGCAUGCGAGAGCUGUUCGUCGACGCAUGCAAGUAA